CGAAGCCACUGGAACGCUGGAGAGAGAGGUGAGUGGCACAUGUACGCUUAGCCCCGUUAACUCGAAAUUACAGACACGUCCCUCGGUAACUGGAGUGGGAGAAGCGGCGGAGGAGCCGAGACGAGAUUUGCGUCCGUUUGGUUCGGCUCGGGUUCGCGGCCGGAGAGAUGCUCCCGUGGGCGACGGCGGCGGAGGCGGAGGCCGCGCUGGGGCGGGCCAUGACCCCAGCGGAGGCGCUUUGGUUCCGGUACACGGCGGCGGCGCCGGACUACUACCUCUACUGCCUCAACAUCCUCUUCCUCCUCGUCGUCUUCACGCUCGCGCCGCUCCCUGUCGCGCUCCUCGAGCUCCGCGCGCCGCGGGCCGUCGAGCCCUACAAGCUGCAGCCGCGGGUGCGGCUCUCGCGGGCCGAAUUCCUCAAGUGCUACGGGGACGUGAUGCGCAUCUUCUUCCUCGUCAUCGGCCCGCUCCAGCUCGUCUCCUACCCCGCCGUCAAGAUGGUGGGAAUUCACACGGGGUUGCCACUGCCGUCUCUUGGGGAGAUGGCGGCGCAACUGACGGUGUACUUCCUGGUUGAGGACUACCUCAACUAUUGGAUCCACAGGCUGCUGCACGGGGAGUGGGGCUACGAGAAGAUCCAUCGGAUCCACCAUGAGUACACGGCGCCCAUUGGCUUUGCCGCGCCGUACGCACACUGGGCAGAGGUGCUCAUACUUGGCAUUCCCUCCUUUGCUGGGCCUGCCAUUGCUCCAGGUCACAUGAUCACUUUCUGGCUCUGGAUUAUGCUACGCCAGAUGGAGGCCAUCGAUACGCACAGCGGCUUUGAUUUCCCAUUCAGCCUGACAAAGUAUAUUCCGUUCUAUGGAGGAGCAGAAUACCAUGAUUAUCAUCACUAUGUUGGAGGACAAAGCCAGAGCAAUUUUGCUUCUGUUUUCACGUAUUGUGAUUAUCUAUAUGGAACGGACAAGGGUUACAGAUUCCAUAAGGCUUACCUAGCGAAGUUAAAGGACCUGGCGCCAAGCUACAGUGAGAAAGAAGGUGCCAACGGAUUCAGUUACGCGAAGUUGGAUUAGAUGGCCCAGUAGGUCCAGUAUAAGGGCACCCUCAGUCCCUCAGUGAUGAACUUGUUCAGUAUGUCAUUGUGAAAUGGGAGAUAUGUUGAGUAGUUUGGGCAUGUGCAGUGUUCUGAUUUUUCUGUCCUGUGAUUGUUUUUUUGUUUGCUAGUGCCUAGUGUUCGUGAAAAUCCGUGGAACUUGCUACGCUGGCAAAUAAUAUUUUUUCAGAUAGCCUGAGUUGAUUCAUCCAGGCCGAAGGAUGUCCAUGGGCUCAAUAAAAAAAGCGUCACUGCAAUCACUUGUCC